AUGACGAUCUUCCUCGUCGGAUUCCUCGUCCUAAUCGUCUUUUGCGUCAUUCUGUACUUCUACAGCAGGACUGCUCUGCCCGUCGUCACCGACAUCAGCUUUCGAAAUUUCAAGAGGAGCUACCUGAUCGUCUAUCUACUGGCUGCAGCUGGGGAUUGGUUGCAAGGACCUUACGUAUAUGCAUUGUACCAAAGUUACGGCAUGGCGACACAUGACAUCGAGCUGCUCUUCGUCGCAGGCUUUGGAUCUAGCAUGCUCUUCGGGACUGUUGUUGGAUCUGUAGCAGACAAAUAUGGAAGAAAGACAAACUGCAUCCUGUAUGGCAUCCUGUACUCUCUGUCAUGCGUCACCAAGCACUUCAACAACUUCUCGAUAUUGAUGGUCGGUCGCCUGCUGGGCGGAAUCGCGACCUCCAUACUCUACAGCGCAUUUGAAUCGUGGGUCAUUCUAGAACAUCAUAAGAGAGGAUUCGAACCCCAUCUCUUGGGCUCCAUCUUCUCUCACGCUGUUGUUGGCAACUCCAUUGUGGCCAUCUGUUCAGGAGUUGUGGCUCAGAAGGCAGCUGAUUUUUUUGGCUAUGUCGCUCCAUUCGACGUUUCCAUAAUCUCACUGGUCAUAAUGUGCAUCGUCAUCUACUUCACUUGGGUUGAAAACUACGGCGACCAAUCAGCUUCAACCAUGCAGUCCUUCGGCCAAUCACUGAAGACCAUCAGAGCUGAUGCAAAGAUUCUUUGCCUGGGCCUCAUACAAUCUCUCUUUGAGGGGGCCAUGUACACCUUCGUUCUCGAGUGGACCCCUGCCCUCUCCCCACCACCAAGAUCCUCACCCUCCUCACCCAUUCCACAUGGAAUCAUCUUUGCUGGGUUUAUGGUCUCCAUUAUGAUUGGUUCCUCUCUAUUUGAACUCAUCAGAAAGAGCAGACCAAUUGAAUCCUUCAUGAGGUUGAUGGUCAUGUUGAUCUCGUCUGCUUCCUUACUGACGCCUGUCUUUUUCCCUGGAAAUCAAGCGUUGAUCUUCAGUGGCUUCUUGAUCUUCGAGGUCUGUGUUGGAAUCUUCUGGCCGAGUAUGAGUACCAUGAGAGAUCUGUAUGUCCCUGAAGCCACCAGAGCCACAACGAUGAAUAUAUUCAGAGUGCCUUUGAAUCUCAUUGUAAUUCUCAUUCUCACUCAGAAUUUUCCAAUGAAGACCAUCUUCAUUCUAUGCGUUUGUUUCCUUUUUGUUGCUUUCCUCUGCCAGUGGUGGCUUUUCAGGUUAUGA